AUGUUAUAUCAUAACAUGGACCGGCGCGGUACAUCGCACUUCGCGUGUCACCUGUCGGCCGCAGCGAGCGAGUUAACCCUCUCCUGGCCCCGCGGUCCCGCGUUCAGUCGGCAGGAACACGCGUCCAGCCGCGGGACUGCGGUCGUCUUCGGCGAAGGACGACGAAAAGGGGAGCCGAUAAACAUCGAAGAAACGGAGACGAGCGACCUAUCUGUUGACUCACCUAGUCGGGCGCGCACGUGGGGUCCAGUUUCACGAAUGCACAGUGACCUUCGGGAAACGAUGGGAUGUCGCAAAUGA